UCCCAGUGUCGCGGCCACGAGAAAGCUAAAGCGAAUCCACACUCCACUGCACGUCGCGUUCCUGCGCUUUUUUUCCCUUCUCCUGUCCACUCGGCGUCUCCUGCCCGACUAAUUUUAGCAAUGGACGAGGUUAGCGGCGAGGAGAGAUGCGGAGCAGAGGGAGAGAUCCAUGGAGUCCCGUCCCGUGUUUGAUUAGAUGAGAGCAGAUAGCGGAGCGCGACAUGUGCCGUCCAAAGGCGUCAGCUUCCUGUCUUCUUCGUCUUCGUCUUCGUCUUCGUCUUCGUCUUCGUCUUCGUCGCCGCCGUCGUCUUCUCCCCUGAGGUUACAUUCUGCUUCAGAUAUUGCUGUGUUACCCAGAGAGGCACUCUCCUAUUCUUCUCAAAGACUCGCUCAUUUCUUCCUUUGUCAUAGACGCAAGCCUGUCGCAUGGCCGGAAACUCGCAUAAUCCGCCUCCUGUAACUAGACGAAAAAGUAUUCUAGCUUUCAAGUUCCUGAUACCCUUUGUUCUAGUUCUUUCAGUGUCUGUUAUUGCUGUCACCCAGUACUUCCAAAGUAUCUCCUACCUUCUGCGGCCGCUAUGGGACACACCACCGAAGCCUUUCUUCCGUAUCCCGCACUACUACGCCCCUAAUAUGUCCAUGCAGCAGCUAUGCCAGCUCCAUGGCUGGGACAUCCUUCCUUCCCCCCGCCGCGUCUUUGAUGCCGUCCUCUUCAGCAAUGAACUCGAUAUUCUGGAGAUCCGCUACCGUGAGCUCUUUCCAUAUGUUGACAGGUUUGUCAUCCUUGAGGCGAAUGCUACCUUCACUGGCAUCCCAAAGUCUCUCUCCUUCUUUGAAAACAUCAACCGUUUCGCGUUUGCUAGCUCAAAGAUCGUCUAUGACAUGCUUCCCAUUGGAGAUUUGGAUCCCGAAUCUCGCCAGACGCCUUUCCUUGUAGAGGCCGGUCACCGCCGCGCACUUAACUCCUUGCUAACAAGAUCAGGCAUUGCUGUGGGGGAUGUCUUGAUAAUGGCUGACGCUGAUGAGAUUCCAAGUCCUGAAACCGUGCAGCUGCUGAAAUGGUGUGAUGGAAUACCACCAAUCAUGCAUCUUGAGCUAAAAAACUACAUGUACUCCUUUGAGUUUCCUGUGGAUCACAACAGCUGGAGAGCAUCAGCGCAUGUGUUCACCGAGCGCACAAAGUACCGCCACUCCCGUCAGACCAACCUGAUGCUGGCCGAUGCGGGCUGGCAUUGCAGCUUCUGCUUCAGGGAGAUCAAGGAGUUUGCUUUCAAGAUGAAGGCAUAUAGCCACGCAGACCGGGUGAAACAGGAAAGCUUCCUGAGUCCAGACAGGAUCCAGAGGGUCAUAUGCAAUGGGGAGAACCUGUUUGACAUGCUACCUGAAGAGUACACAUUUGGAGAUCUCUUCAAGAAGAUGGGGCCGAUACCGAGGUCGGCAUCUGCCAUUCAUCUGCCUUCCUAUUUGAUCAGGAACGCUUACAGCUACAGGUUCUUGCUUCCCGGUGGAUGCUUGAGACCAGGCUAAAUCAGAGGGUGUCUUGUAACCUUUUAGCCAUACAGUAUUACUUUAGAUGCAAUGCUGCUGUUUCUAUGGAAAUAUGUGCGCCUUUGUCUGUUUUGGAGCAGUGAUACUUUUAGAUAGGAUUGUAGAAUCUUUUUGUGUAUGGGACUAUAUGUGUGAUUGCUGUGUGAGGAGAUCAACCGAGAAUUCACCUAAGGUGAUAUGAAGGUAAUACAACCGGGUUAGUAAUCGCCCGCCCUUUUGGGUUCA